CACUCCUCUCGCACGCAUCCCGCGUGGGUCUCGGUCUUUUAUAUAAGCGGUCACGCGUGAUUUCAUCGCGUUUGUUUCUUUAUCGCAUUUGCGGCUGCGGGGAGACCGCGGGGACAGGCGCGGGGGGGAGGAUAGGAUGGUACAUCCCGCAGGCAGAGGGCGUGGUCAGCGCUGCCGCUGCGUCUCUCCGGCCCCGGCGCCGCCGCCGCCAUGAGUAUGCUCCGGCUCCAGAAGAGGCUGGCCUCCAGCGUGCUGCGCUGCGGGAAGAAGAAGGUGUGGCUUGAUCCCAACGAGACCAACGAGAUCGCCAAUGCCAACUCCCGGCAGCAGAUCCGCAAGCUGAUCAAGGAUGGGCUGAUCAUCCGCAAGCCCGUGACCGUGCACUCGCGCGCCCGCUGCAGGAAGAACACGCUGGCCCGCAGGAAGGGCCGGCACAUGGGCAUCGGCAAGAGGAAGGGCACGGCCAACGCCCGCAUGCCCGAGAAGGUCACCUGGAUGCGGCGCAUGCGGAUCCUGCGGCGGCUGCUGCGGCGCUACCGCGAGUCCAAGAAGAUCGACCGGCACAUGUACCACAGCCUGUACCUGAAGGUCAAGGGCAACGUGUUCAAGAACAAGCGGAUCCUCAUGGAGCACAUCCACAAGCUGAAGGCCGACAAGGCCCGCAAGAAGCUCCUGGCGGACCAGGCGGAGGCGCGGCGCUCCAAGACCAAGGAGGCGCGGAAGCGCAGGGAGGAGCGGCUGCAGGCCAAGAAGGAGGAGAUCAUCAAAACCCUGUCCAAGGAGGAGGAGGCCAAGAAGUGACCGGGGGCUGUCCCCGAGCCUGUCCCAUCCCCAGGCCCCCAAUAAAACAUCCCGGACUCUCCA